CCCCUUUUGAUGAUGAGAUGGAGACACCUGGGACCAUGUGCCAAGAUACGUGACCUAAAUGGGAGAGCUGUUCCAACAUGGUGGCCAGAGAUUUCUGUAUAAAAGAGCUUCCCAAAAGGUUUGGACUGAAGGGCUCCCAAGAAAGUGUUGACGCAGCAACUACGACACUGAAAUACAGAAAGUGUAGCCAUGAGUUCGGAACCGGAGAUGGAGGGUUUUGGUCCGGCAGCCAUAUACCUCAGGAAACCUGAAAGGGAGAGAAUUGAGGCUCAGAACACUCCUUUUGAUGCGAAAACAGCUUAUUUUGUGACUGAGCCUGCUGAAAUGUAUUUGAAAGGGAAGCUGAUGAAGAAGGAGGGUGGCAAAGCCACAGUUGAAGUUAAGGGUGGAAAGACCCUCACUGUGAAAGAAGAUGAGAUCUUCCCUAUGAACCCUCCGAAGUUCGACAAGAUUGAAGACAUGGCCAUGAUGACCCACCUCAGUGAGCCUUCUGUGCUGUAUAACCUCAAAGAGCGUUACGCAGCAUGGAUGAUCUACACUUACUCUGGGCUGUUCUGCGUCACUGUAAACCCAUACAAGUGGCUGCCAGUGUAUGAUGCAGUGGUUGUUGCUGGAUACAGAGGCAAAAAGAGGAUUGAAGCUCCGCCCCACAUCUUCUCCAUCUCUGAUAACGCCUAUCAGUUCAUGCUCCAAGAUCGUGAAAAUCAGUCAAUCCUGAUUACUGGAGAAUCUGGUGCAGGAAAGACUGUCAACACUAAACGCGUCAUUCAGUACUUUGCAACAAUUGCAGUGUCUUCUGGAAAAAAGGCUGAGGCUGUUCCUGGGAAAAUAAAGGGUUCGCUGGAGGACCAAAUCAUUGCAGCUAACCCACUGCUGGAGGCUUAUGGCAAUGCCAAAACAGUGAGGAAUGACAACUCAUCCCGCUUUGGUAAAUUCAUCAGAAUCCACUUUGGAUCAACUGGAAAGUUGGCUUCAGCGGAUAUUGAAACAUAUCUGCUGGAGAAGUCUCGUGUGACUUUCCAGCUGUCUGCUGAGAGAAGUUAUCAUAUCUUCUAUCAGCUCGCGACAGGCCACAAGCCUGAAUUAAUUGAGGCUCUCCUCAUCUCUACCAACCCCUAUGAUUUUCCCAUGAUAAGUCACGGGGAAAUCUCUGUCAAGAGCAUCAAUGACGUUGAAGAAUUUAUCGCUACUGAUACAGCCAUUGACAUCCUGGGCUUCACUGCAGAGGAGAAGGUCAGCAUGUACAAGUUGACUGGAGCAGUGAUGCAUCAUGGGAACAUGAAGUUCAAGCAGAAGCAGAGAGAGGAGCAGGCUGAGCCUGAUGGCAAUGAAGUGGCUGAUAAAAUCGCCUACCUCUUAGGCCUGAACUCUGCUGAUAUGCUCAAAGCUUUGUGUUACCCAAGAGUCAAGGUUGGAAAUGAGAUGGUUGUUAAAAGUCAAACUGUGCCACAGGUCAACAACGCUGUCUCUGCACUCUGCAAGUCUGUCUAUGAGAAAAUGUUCUUGUGGAUGGUCGUCAGAAUCAAUGAGAUGCUGGAUACCAAACAGCCAAGAAACUUUUUCAUUGGCGUCUUAGACAUUGCUGGCUUUGAAAUCUUUGAUUUCAACAGCUUGGAGCAGCUGUGCAUCAACUUCACCAAUGAAAAACUGCAACAGUUCUUCAACCAUCACAUGUUCGUCCUUGAGCAAGAAGAGUACAAGAAGGAGGGGAUUGACUGGGAGUUCAUUGACUUUGGCAUGGACUUGGCUGCCUGCAUUGAGCUUAUUGAGAAGCCAAUGGGCAUCUUCUCCAUCCUUGAAGAGGAGUGUAUGUUCCCUAAGGCAACAGACACGACCUUCAAGAGUAAACUGUAUGACCAGCAUCUGGGGAAAAGUGCCCCCUUCCAGAAACCCAAACCUGCCAAAGGCAAAGCUGAAGCUCACUUCUCACUGGUCCACUAUGCUGGUACCGUCGACUACAAUGUCACUGGCUGGCUGGACAAGAACAAGGACCCGCUGAACGACUCUGUGGUGCAACUCUACCAGAAGUCUUCAGUCAAACUGUUGGCUUUCCUUUAUGCAGCUCACGCUUCUACGGAAGCUGAGGGUGGCCCAAAAAAAGCUGGCAAGAAAAAGGGCGGCUCGUUUCAGACAGUAUCUGCCCUGUUCAGGGAGAAUUUGGGCAAGCUGAUGACCAACUUGAGGAGUACUCAUCCACAUUUUGUACGUUGUUUGAUUCCAAAUGAUUCAAAGACUCCUGGCUUCAUGGAGAACUUCCUGGUCAUCCACCAGCUGAGGUGUAACGGUGUGCUGGAGGGCAUCAGGAUCUGCAGGAAAGGUUUCCCCAGCAGAAUCCAAUACGGUGACUUCAAACAGAGGUACAAAGUACUGAAUGCCAGUGUCAUUCCUGAGGGCCAGUUCAUUGACAACAAGAAAGCCUCAGAGAAACUUUUGGGGUCCAUCAAUGUCGACCGCACUCAGUACAAGUUUGGCCACACUAAGGUAUUCUUCAAGGCUGGACUACUGGGUACACUUGAAGAGAUGAGAGAUGAGAAACUGGUUGAACUGGUCACAAUGACACAGGCAAUCUGCAGAGGUUAUGUGAUGAGACGAGAAUUUGUCAAAAUGAUGAAAAGAAGGGAAUCCAUUUUCACCAUCCAGUACAACAUCCGUGCAUUCAUGAAUGUGAAAACUUGGCCAUGGAUGAAGCUGUACUUCAAGAUUAAACCUCUGCUGAAGAGUGCAGAGACUGAGAAAGAGAUGGCACAAAUGAAAGAGGACUUUGAGAAGACCAAACAGGAACUAGCAAAGGCUCUGGCCAAGAAGAAAGAGGUGGAGGAAAAGAUGGUUUCUGUGCUGCAGGAGAAGAAUGACUUGCAGCUACAAAUCCAGUCGGAAGGUGAGAACCUAGCUGAUGCAGAGGAGAGGUGUGAGGGUCUCAUUAAAGCAAAAAUCCAGCUCGAAGCUAAGAUCAAAGAGACAACUGAGAGACUGGAGGACGAGGAGGAAAUAAAUGCAGAGCUGACUGCGAAGAAGAGGAAGCUGGAGGACGAGUGCUCUGAGUUAAAGAAGGACAUCGAUGACUUGGAGCUAACUUUGGCUAAAGUGGAAAAAGAGAAACAUGCCACUGAGAACAAGGUUAAAAACAUGGUUGAAGAAAUGACUUCCCUAGACGAAACGAUUGCCAAGCUGACCAAAGAAAAGAAAGCCCUCCAAGAGGCCCAUCAGCAAAUCCUUGAUGACCUUCAGGCAGAGGAAGACAAAGUCAACUCUCUGAUGAAGGCCAAAGUCAAGUUGGAGCAGCAGGUGGAUGAUCUUGAAGGUUCACUGGAGCAAGAAAAGAAGCUUCGCAUGGAUCUUGAGCGUGCUAAAAGAAAGCUUGAAGGAGAUCUGAAACUGGCCCAGGAAUCCAUAAUGGACCUGGAGAAUGACAAGCAGCAGUCUGAGGAGAAAAUAAAGAAGAGGGACUUUGAAAUAAGCCAGCUGCUGAGCAAGAUAGAAGAUGAACAAAUAGUUGGUGGUCACCUUAAUAAGCGAAUCAAGGAACUGCAGGUGAUGUGUACAAUGGAACUUGAGGAGAUCAGCGAGAGGCUCGAAGAAGCUGGCGGAGUGACGUCCGUGCAGAUCGACAUGAACAAGAAGCGAGAGGCCGAGUUUCAGAAGCUGCGUCGUGACCUGGAAGAGUCCACCUUGCAGCAUGAGGCCACCGCUGCGGCGCUCCGCAAGAAGCAGGCGGACAGUGUGGCAGAGCUGGGAGAGCAGAUCGACAACCUCCAGAGAGUCAAGCAGAAGCUGGAGAAAGAGAAGAGUGAAUAUAGGAUGGAGAUUGAUGACCUCAGCAGCAAUAUGGAGACGGUUGCCAAAUCAAAAGGGAACAUGGAGAAAAUGUGCCGUUCUCUUGAGGAUCAACUCAGUGAAUUGAAGACCAAGAAUGAGGAGCAUCUGCGUCAGCUGAAUGACAUUAGCACUCAAAAAUCAAGACUGAGUUCUGAAAAUGGUGAAAUUGCUCGUCAGUUAGAGGAAAAGGAGUCUUUUGUCUCACAGCUUACAAGGGCAAAACAGGCUUUUAUGCAUCAAAUAGAGGAGCUCAAAAGACAACUUGAAGAAGAAGUUAAGGCCAAGAACGCCCUGGCUCACGCCGUCCAGUCAGCUCGCCAUGACUGUGAUCUGCUCAGAGAGCAGUAUGAGGAGGAGCAGGAGGCCAAAGCUGAGCUGCAGCGCUCCAUGUCCAAGGCUAACAGUGAAGUGGCUCAGUGGAGAGCUAAAUAUGAGACUGAUGCCAUUCAGCGCACUGAGGAGCUGGAGGAGGCUAAGAAAAAGCUCGCCCAGCGCCUGCAGGACGCAGAGGAAUCCAUCGAGGCUGUGAACGCCAAAUGUGCCUCUCUGGAAAAGACCAAACAGAGACUUCAGGGUGAGGUGGAGGACCUGAUGAUUGACGUGGAGAGAGCUAAUGCUCUGGCUGCUAACCUUGACAAGAAGCAGAGAAACUUUGACAAGGUUCUUGCAGAGUGGAAACAGAAAUAUGAGGAGAGCCAGGCAGAGCUGGAGGGAGCUCAGAAGGAGGCCAGAGGUUUGAACACAGAGAUGUUUAAAAUGAAAAACUCCUAUGAAGAAGCUCUGGACCACCUGGAGACCCUGAAGAGGGAAAACAAGAACCUGCAACAGGAAAUCAUUGACCUCACUGAGCAUGUUGGGGAAGCAGGAAAGACAAUUCAUGAGCUGGAAAAGGGAAAGAAGACAGCGGAGACUGAGAAAGCUGAAAUCCAAACGGCCCUGGAGGAAGCUGAGGCGACACUGGAGCAUGAGGAAUCAAAGAUUUUGCGUGUCCAGCUGGAGCUCACCCAAGUGAAAAAUGAAAUUGACAGGAAACUUGCAGAGAAGGACGAGGAGAUGGAACAGAUCAAGAGGAACAGCCAGAGGGUGAUUGAGUCCAUGCAGACCACUCUGGAUGCUGAGGUCCGGAGCAGGAACGAUGCUCUGAGAAUCAAGAAGAAGAUGGAGGGAGACCUCAACGAGAUGGAGAUCCAGCUCAGCCACGCCAACCGCCAGGCUGUUGAGGCCCAGAAACAGCUGAGAAACGUGCAGGGGCAGCUAAAGGAUGCCCAGCUGCACCUUGAUGAGGCUCUCAGAGGUCAAGCAGACAUGAAGGAGCAGGUUGCAAUGGUGGAGCGCAGGAACACCCUCAUGGUUGCUGAGAUUGAAGAGCUGAGAGCUGCUCUGGAGCAGACGGAGAGAGGCCGCAAAGUGGCUGAACAGGAGCUGGUAGAUGCCAGCGAGCGAGUAGGACUGCUGCACUCUCAGAACAUUAAUCUUCUAAAUGCUAAAAAGAAGUUGGAAGCCGACCUCGUCCAGGUUCAAGGCGAGGUGGAGGAUGCAAUCCAGGAGGCAAGAAAUGCUGAAGACAAGGCAAAGAAGGCCAUCACUGAUGCUGCCAUGAUGGCUGAAGAGCUGAAGAAGGAGCAAGACACCAGUGCUCAUUUGGAGAGGAUGAAGAAAAACCUGGAGGUGACAGUGAAGGACCUGCAGCAUCGUCUGGACGAGGCUGAAACUCUGGCCUUGAAGGGCGGCAAGAAGCAGCUCCAGAAACUGGAGGCUAGGGUUCGGGAGCUGGAGUCAGAGGUCGAGGCUGAACAGAAACGUGGAGCCGAAGCUAUGAAAGGUGUCCGCAAGUACGAACGCAGAGUGAAAGAGCUGACUUAUCAGACUGAGGAGGAUAAGAAGAAUAUUUCCCGCCUUCAAGAUCUGGUGGACAAGCUGCAGCUGAAAGUGAAAUCCUACAAGAGGCAGUCUGAGGAGUCCGAAGAGCAGGCAAACACUCACCUGACCAGGUACAGGAAGGUUCAGCAUGAGCUUGAGGAAGCUCAGGAGCGAGCUGACAUUGCCGAGUCUCAGGUCAACAAGCUGCGAGUCAAGAGCCGUGAAAUGGCCAGAGGAAAGGAGACUGAAGAGUGAACAUCAGUCCCAGGAGAAACAGAACAAGAAAUCAUACAGUAUGAUAUUUUUGUUUGAUGUGUGAAGUUUGUAACAAGCAAUAAACAAGCAAGA